CUUUAUCUUCAGCAGGAGAAUCGAGUUACGAGUCUUCAUGACUAGGUAUAGGUUGUUGACUUCCGAAACGCGCUAGAUCAAAACAUUGCUUGACUUUCUAGAAGUGAUUUUCGCUUCAUUUGGUUCCACAUAGCAAGUAAAUAGCAGACUCACAUUUUCAACCAGUAAUAUGGUGUCGCAGUUAAAACUCAUCAACAUGGCCGGCGAGGCCGCCGCGGUCGUGGGAAUUCCCGACACCGUCGUGACUGUCAAGAACUUGGAGUCUUUUCUCCAGAACAAGUCCACCAAAGGCGGUCUUCUUGUAGAAGAGCCUGCGACCUACAAAUUUCUGUUCCUAGUUCCAUGCGAGGGGGCAGAUUUUCUGUCGCCCGCAUCUAAUUGGCGGGAGGAGGCGCAAAAAGGGGGAGAGGGACAGGCAGAGGAAGAAAACGAAAACGAUACAGACGGUAGUGUUGCUGCGGCCGACUCCGGUGGUAACCCACGCAGGGCGAAGGAAGAUGAUUCCAGUGAAUUUGCGCUACAGUAUUUUGCGCGGCCUAAAGAUAUGAAGGACCUGCUGCGGGAAAUGUGUCGGAAAGAGGUGCCCGAUUUUGCACAGACCCCGAGGAGCUUUUCCGCGUAUGACAAUCGCGAAAGCUUUGACUUUGCGACGUAUAUUUCUAGGCCACUUGACGGCGCAGAGGAAGCGGCGGCGUGCAGGUGCCUAGAGGUACUGGGCCGCAUAAUCGAGACAAGAUGCCAGUUUUGCGGCGUCAGUAGUCAAGCAGUCGUUCGCGCUGCGGAGCAGUACUGCCAGGCCAUAAAGGGGAAUACUGUUGAGAGGUGGGAUCGCUUUGCGGUCGCCUACGUCCGUGGGGUCCUAAGGAUUCGGGAUGUGGAAAAGGACCAGGAUGCUCAAGUUCGUCUGACUGAAAUGCUUCUCGAGGUUACGAAAUCCGCAGAAAAUUACAACGCCGCAGAGCUGGUGUCAGCAUUGAUGCGGGUUCGGUGUACGUCGCACGAAGACGCACAUGAACUCAGUCUCAGUUUAGUAUUGGACCGGGAGAGUUUUGGCGUCGUCCCUUUGCCGCGUUUGUUUCUGCGCCGUGCUUGGCGGAACAGGCCCAGCCUUCCUCGAGCUUUGCUGUUCUUGUUGCAGGAGCUGGAUUGGCCUGAAGAGCUUUACGACUGGCGGGCCGGCGACGGGAAGACCAUGCUCUCAUUUUACAUACUUCACUCAGAUCUUCUGGACCAUCCGCGGAGCGGAACAAGUGUGUUGAAGUGGCGUUCUUUUGCAGAGCUGGGCGCGUUUUUGGCAAAGCAGAUGAGUCUCAAUCAGUUUCCAGCGCAGGACAGUGCUUGGGGCAAGGUGCUCGUGAACGCAGCUGCGUAUACAAUAACGUCGUGCGAGUUCCUCCCCGCGGCAUCUGCGAUCAAGGACCGCUUUCUGGAGCUGCUGCCCAACUGCAACGUGAGCUUAGAUGACCUCAUUCGCGCCGUCCAAUUCGGAUUGGAGUGGCAAGGUCCGAAAUCUGAGCCGAAUAGCGAUUCCACACCCGAAGCCUGUAUACUUCAGGAGAUUCUGGAGAAGCUCAAGGAGUUGCAACGGCGAAGAGAGCGCAGUGCGAGCUGAGGGGAGGACGUUGGAAAUUAAAACGAAGCGCCACCUCAAAAACAGGGUGAUGCUUACGCCUCUUCGGAUCAGUUAGGGUAUUAGGAGCGCCGUUUUGUAUACAAGUAUAACAGGACGAGGACCGAGUGCAUUGGUAGGUGAGCAACGAACUGAUUCGCUUUGGGUAUUAUAUCAGCUUUCGCCUACCUAUCCGCAGGCCGAGGCUGAUUUCGUUCCCACUGACUAGUGCGCGGUGGAAACGAAAAGACAAUGACAACAAACACCAACAGCGACACUCAGUCUUGAUCACACUAUAUGCUGUGCCUGGUCAACGUGCUUCCUGGACGACCCAAAGCGGAAGUUCUGAUAGUUUCUUUAGAGCUGACGCACUGGUGCACUAUUCUCGUGGUCAUGUCGUUCAGCGACGGCCGGUUUUGAAAGAUCCGUGUCCACUCGUUUCUGAAGAAAAGCCGAUUGAUUUACACUGUCACAAUAAUUAUCGUCGUCAGGUCGUGAAAAUUCAAAAGUUAUGUUGCAACCACCAUGUUGCGGUCUUGUCCUUGUGCAGAAG